AUGGAAAUUUUUAUGACAUCGGACUUCGGGUUAAACUCAAAACUCGGCUACCACUAUCCCUCUAUAAGACCUACUACUAACGUAGCAGGAAUUAGAACACCAGUUCUCCAGUCGCAAGAAUUGACGCAAAUUGACGCUGUCGCUAAGGAGGCUGUUGUACAAACUAUCUCUCACGGAAGAUGCCCUACUGGAGCAUACGACCCAACUCGCCCAUGCGAGCGCGGAGCUUACCAAAGCGAACUGCAGAAAGGGCGUAUGAUUUGGUCGCUCGAAUCCGAGGGAGGGAGGAGGAGGAGGAGGAGGAGGAAGUUUUGGGAAAGGGACUGGGAGAGGCAGCUCGGAGAGGCGCAGGAACACAACAAGAUGUCUAACCUUGUCGUUAGCGAAACAGAUCACCUCGAAGGCGAACUUGUCAUUGGGUAUUUCAAGUAUGAGGUGGAGAUAAGAAACAAGGAGAACGAUAGGGUAGAACUCGCGAAAGCACAGGCUGAGCUAGAGAACCUGAAACUGGAAGAUAAUUCGGCUGCAAAAAUGGAAAUUCUCGCAAUUGUCUACAAACUGGCAUUUCAGGCGUCACUUGUGUCCAUCAAGGAAAGGCACGCUGCGAUGCUCGACCAGUCCCGCGCCGAUACUGAAAAACUGAGGCUUGCGUUGGACCAAAGAGGUUUCAUUAAGAAUUCGCAUGGUUGCUCGGGAAGAGAGCAUCGAGGAGUGGCUUCGACGAUGAGUGUUAUGCGCAAGAUCAUCGAGCGAGGAGAUGAUGCGAGCACGCUUCUGGAGAGGAUGCUUCGUGAUGCUCAUGGGUUUGCAUCAGACCUCAAUGGCUUCUCCGAGUCUAUGGGCCAGAUUAUUGUGGCUGAGAAUGCCAUAGACACUUUGAUUGAAGAGUUACGAAUACAAACUGCUUGGAGGCUCGAAUUGGAGAAGUUGGUCGUACUGCUACCCAUUCCUGUUCACCAGAAAAAUAUUCCUGAACCCCCAGCUUCAGAAAAGACGAGAGAAGACCCAGAAGAGGCUAGGGCAACAUUGGAAGCAGAGGAAUCGGAUUCCCUCCAGGAAGAGUCGAAGAUGAUAAAUGUUCAUCGACGUUCUCCUCGCUCAGUAUCGCAGUCUACAUCCAUCAUUGAUGAACUUGCCCCUUCCUCAACCUCAACCUCAACCUCCACUCUGAUUACAUCGGAUCCUAUACCGUUUCCGACAGAGGAUGAGCCGUCUUUACCUGCAGAGGUCGAGCAGGUCCUUCACACGGCAACGGAACAGCUGGAUGACUAUGCAGAAGACGCUCGUGUCAAAAUGGAAAUCCGCAUCGAGGCUGACGAGACUCUUGUGCUUGGGUUUGAGACAAUUUUAACCGUCCUUCUCAGAGUGUUAGCCGAUAAAUCCGGAGAGUCACAAACUCUGGAGGAGGUGAAAGCGCGAAACGACGCGUUCAUUUCGGGCUCUGAUCCAGUAAAGAAAACCCAGCAGAAUCUCUCUCAGAAGCUAGCGAACUUACAUGAUCUUGACCUUCUUUCGCCUAUAUCCUCAUCUCCUUCCUCUACUGCUCCUGGGUGGAUGUCCUGGACCUCCUCUACUACUGCGUUCGGAAACGUCAUGACUAAUCCGAAACUGCGACAAGCACAGUCUAUGAAAUUCCAGACGCGAAAGGAUCUCUAUACAAAUUUCGGCCUCUGUGUCGUUUCUCCACCUUUUUCUUCGGUGUCCGUGGAGAAUCAGGGACCGAGGCCAAGACCUUUAAGUGCCAUGUAUAGCCUUGGCCUGGCGAGGGAUGCGAGCGGCACGCUGGGCAGUGGGUUCAUUCCGCCCACUCCUCGGGAAAAUCAUGUAGAGGAGACGGAAGACGGGGAUGACGACGACGACGGCGACGUUGAAGGAAAUAUUACCUCUAAACGCCGCUACUCUGCUUUCGUGCAUACAUUGACUGGACCGGUUACGAGGCCAGGCGAUCGGGCUGAGGUGCAACGGGGCUUCGGGAAUGGGUAG